UGAAAACAUGUGGUUAUGGUUCAACUGUUGUCAAAAGUUUGACUUUACUCCUUUACUGUGUUAUUGAUUGUUUUAGAACAUAAAUUAUAACACAAAAAGUACUUAUAUUUAAUGUUAUGGUUCUAACAAAAGAAUAUCGAAUAUGUAUGCCAAUUAGCACAGAAGAAUAUAAAAUUGGACAAUUGUACAUGAUUGCUCGACAUAGUUUAGAACAAUCAGGUGAUGGUGAAGGUGUAGAAGUUGUAGAAAACAAAGAAUGUGAAGACCCAGUUCAUGGAAGGGGACAAUACACAGAAAAAAGGAUUCAUCUUUCUAGUCGAUUACCCUAUUGGUUACAGUCUCUUGUACCAAAGAUAUUUUAUAUAACUGAAAAGGCAUGGAAUUAUUAUCCUUACACUGAGACAGAAUAUACGUGUUCCUUUGUACCAAGGUUCAAUAUAUUUAUUAAAACAAAGUAUGAAGAUAAUAGUGGAACUUCAGAUAAUUGUUUGGGACUAACACCUGAAGAACUAGCUGAGAGAAUUGUAGACAAUAUAGAUAUUGCUUAUGACGAAGUCAGUCCAAGACACUAUAAGGAAGAAGAGGACCUAAGAUUUUUCCAAUCAAAGAAGACUAGCAGGGGUCCUUUGGUAGAGGGCUGGAAAAAUAAUGUGCAACCCAUUAUGUGUUCGUAUAAGUUAGUGAAUGCCUCAUUUGAAGUUUGGGGUUUUCAGACGCGAGUAGAAGAAUUUAUUCAUUCAUGUAUACGAGAAAUUCUACUUCUUGGUCACAGGCAAGCCUUUGCCUGGAUAGAUGAGUGGAUUAGUAUGUCAUAUGAGGACGUGAGGACUUAUGAAGCUAAGUUACAACAUCAGACAAAUACAUUGGUUAAAGAAAAACAAUCAAAUGAUGUUAGUAAUGAUAAUGUAGUAGAGAAUAAUUCUCCACAAUUAUUACCAAACAUAAUGGGAUGCACUUCAAGCAGUAUGGAAGUCAGUGGAGACCAGGUAAAGUCACCGACGAAAAAGGGGUAUUUUUCAUGGUUUUCAUAAAAUUAAAGUUAAAUAAUGAAUAUCAGUUUUUUUUAGUUGUUAUCAUGACACCUGAAUUUUAUUUAUUUAUUUCCUUCUUGUUAAAACUUGUUGAAUGUAGGGUUUAUCCAUAUUUGUUGCUUCUAUGUAAAGCAGUACCUUUUUCAAAUAAAUGUAUA